CAUUUCUCUUAAACCCUACUGCAAAAUCCCCAAUUUCAAUUUGAAAUUAUCAGGAAGAAAAUUACAGAAUCAUGAGCUUGAAAUCACUCACAAAGAUCCUAAUUCGAAAUCAAAAUGCAAUUACUACUACUAUUAGAAGAUCAUACUACACUAACAGAACGAAGAAAACGACACUGUACACAAAAAUCAGUCCCUUAGGAGACCCUAAAACGACAUUGGUGCCUGAGCUCGAGAAUUGGGUUCAAAAUGGAAAUAAAAUUCGAGUUGCUGAGCUUCAACGCAUUAUCCGCGAUCUCCGUAAGCGAAACCGGUUUACCCAAGCACUCGAGGUCUCUGAGUGGAUGAAUAGGAACGAGAUUUGCUUAUUCUCCCCAGUGGAGCAUGCUGUUCAACUGGAUCUGAUUGGUAAAGUUCGAGGUUUUCUUUCUGCCGAGAGCUAUUUUAACAGCUUAAUGGAUCAUGAUAGAAAUGAUAAGACUUAUGGGGCUCUUCUAAAUUGUUAUGUUCGGGAGCGUCAAACGGAUAAGUCCUUAUCACACUUGCAGAAAAUGAAGGAGUUGGGUUUUGCUUCGGCGCCUCUUGCUUACAACAACAUCAUGUGUCUCUACACCAAUCUCGGCGAGCACGAGAAAGUUCUACAUGUGUUAGCAGAGAUGAAGAAGAAUAAUGUCUCUCCUGACAACUUUAGUUACCGAAUCUGCAUUAAUUCCUAUGGUGCUAGAUCAGACAUUGAGGGUAUGGAAAAAGUUUUGAAUGAGAUGGAAUGCCAGAUGGGCAAUGCCGUGGACUGGAAUACAUAUGCUGUCGUUGCUAAUAUCUAUAUAAAAGCCAGUCUUGCUGACAAGGCAAUCGAGGCAUUGGAAAAAUCAGAAGAGAAGCUAGAUAAGAAGGAUGGGACUGGAUAUAACCAUUUGAUAACUCUCUAUGCAAGUUUAGGGAAUAAGGCGGAGGUUCUGAGGUUAUGGGAUCUCGAGAAAAUCGAAUGUAAGCGACAAAUAAAUAGAGAUUUUGUCACCAUGCUGGAAUCUUUGGUGAAGCUUAAUGAGCUUGAAGAAGCUGAGAAAAUACUAAGAGAGUGGGAGUCGUCAGGAAACUUUCAUGAUGCUCGGAUACCAAAUAUUAUUGUCGUUGGGUAUUGUAGAAAUGGAUUAUAUGAAAAAGCAGAAGCGUUACUCGAAGACUUGACAGAGAAAGGAAAGGCGAGCAGUCCAAACAGCUGGGCAAACAUUGCUUCGGGAUACCUCGAAAAAGGGAAGACGGCGAGAUCUUUUGAAUGUAUGAAGGCGGCCCUCGCAUUACGAGUGGAUAACAAGGGAUGGAAACCGAACCAUCGGGUCGUCGGAGACAUUUUGUGUUGGCUUGGUGAUGAAGGCAGUGCUGAAGAUGUAGAAGCUUUCGCUACCUCAUUGAGAAGUGCCAUUCCGGCAAAUAGAGAAAUUUAUCACGCAUUGCUGAAGGCAAAUGUUAGAAGUGGGAGAGACGUUGGAGGAAUUUUGUACUGCAUGAAAACUGAUAAAAUUGAUGAAGAUGAAGAUACAAAGAAAAUUCUGGCUUUGGGAAGGAGCAUAUAAAUUUGAGAGAAUCAUUUUUUGUAAAGCUCAUUGUUGAUGCAAUUAAAUGAUGUACUUUUGUUUGUUUCAAUGAAAUUUUACUGAUCUUAA